AUGCUCAGCGUCGACGGUCGGUCUUGGACGAAAGUCGUAGUAGUUGUCGUCGUAAGGCGUGGCACAGUCGGCGCGAGCAUGGGCCCACUAGUGGGCCGAAAGGCACGCUAGGGGGUGCGUGUGGCAAGCCACGUGGCAUGCCUCAAGGCACGCGGGCGGCAGUGCCGGGUGGGCACGCGGGCCACAGGAGCCGGCGUGCAGGGCACAUGCAGCAGUGGCGCUUUGGCAAGAUGCCGAGUGUCAGCGGCACUUCGGCGGGAAUGCCAAGCGUCAGCGGCGCUUCGGCGGGAAUGCCGAGCGUCAGCGGCGCUUUAGUGGGAAUGCCAAGCGUUAGUGGUUGGGUGGAAGCCCCAACCGUCGCCGGAAGGAUCGGCCUUCUCUGGCGGCGCUGGGAAGUAGAGCAGAGGAAGGAGAUGAUCUCGGCCGACGAUACCAGGGAGGGUUGAGCCCUCUUGGUCUAGGCAGCACCGGAAACGGCGCGACGGUGGUGGAUCGUCGGGAAACUCUGGCGGGGGCCUGUGCAGAGCUUGGACUGGAUCUGGCUCAUCGGCAUGGCUGCAAGGUCUCUCCUGACGUCAGUGGCAGGUAGGCGUUCGUCGGCAAAUGGCCAGCGACUAGGCGGAGUAGCGGAUGGUGGCUCCAGCGAGUUUAUGGUGGAGUUUCGAAGGAAGAGGUGGCAGUCUGAUGGCAAGCGGGACCUAUCUCCAUCAGCUCAAGAGACACUAGCAGUCCGAGUUCAGCCCAAUCGACGCGCGAAGACAAAGGAGCCUGGCUUUCGCUACGCGGCCUAG